AAAAAAGAGUCCAACAGCCUACUGAAUUCAACAGCCCAUGUCAGAUGUUGAAGAUGGUCUAAUCAAUAUGAUAUUUAGGGAUAUUUUUCCAUCCACAAAAAAAGGUUGGACUGAAUUUCCACUGUUGGGAUUGACUUACAUGUAUGCAACGUGUGAAAUGGAUGAGUCACCACCAUCUAAAAGAUGUGGUAGGACAGAUUUAUAGUAGUCUGUCCCACUGCGUCUUUUGUUGGCUUGUUAGUCCUUUGGAUUUUGAUUUCUACAAAUACCUCAUCUUACUCCUCAGCUUUUUGAAAUGUGUCUCACCCCAUGGACUCGAGUGCCACCACCCUCCUCUCUUCUCCUCCCUUAGAACUUCAAAACCACAAUGACCACACUUCCAUGGUUUUCGACCCUUCUUUCAUUGAAAAGCAGCCCAACAUACCUGGAGAGUUCAUCUGGCCACAGGGAGAUCGUGUCCACACAUUAGAAGAACUUAAUGAACCAGUGGUAGACCUCCAAGAUUUCCUCAGAGGCGACAAGGCCGCGACAUCUCGUGCCAUAAGCCUUGUUAGCGAAGCAUGCCAACGGCAUGGAUUCUUCCAAGUCACCAAUCACGGUGUGGAUGCAUCACUCAUUCGGGAGGCACGUGACCACAUAGGUUCCUUCUUCAAGCUGCCACUUACCCACAAACUCCGAGCCCGGAGAAAGCCCGGUAGCAUGUGGGGGUAUGCAGGCGCGCACGCGGAUCGGUUCACAUCCAAACUGCCUUGGAAAGAAACUCUCUCUUUUGGGUAUCAUGAAAACGGGCCUCAUGACAUCGUGGCUGACUACUUCACGUCUGUAUUGGGAGAAGAAUCUGAGCAAACAGGGUUGAUUUACCAAAGAUACUGUGAAGCAAUGAAGGAACUUUCCCUAGUGAUUAUGGAACUACUUGCUAUAAGCUUGGGAGUGGAUCGCUUGCACUUCAAGAGAUUCUUUCAAGAUAGUAGCUCCAUCAUGAGAUGCAAUUACUACCCUCCUUGCCAGGAGCCAUCGCUCACGCUUGGAACUGGGCCCCACUGCGAUCCAACUUCGCUUACCAUUCUUCAUCAGGAUGAAGUGGGGGGCCUACAAGUAUUCUCCAAUAAUAAAUGGCACUCCAUUCGACCGAGGCCGGAAGCUCUAGUCAUCAACAUCGGUGACACAUUCAUGGCGUUGUCAAAUGGGACCUACAAGAGCUGCCUGCAUAGGGCAGUGGUGAACAGACACAAGGAGAGGAUAUCCCUAGCUUUCUUCCUGUGCCCAAAAGAAGACAAGGUGGUGAGCCCACCACAGGAUCUUGUGGGCAGAGAUGGUCCAAGGAAGUACCCGGAUUUCACAUGGUCCGCUUUGCUAGAGUUCACACAAAAGCACUACAGAGCGGACAUAAGAACACUUCAAAGCUUCACCAAAUGGCUUCUCUCCCCAACAACCUAACGAGCUCUUUUGGACGGUUGUGAUCAUUGGUCCCUAGUCUUGUAUUAUUUUUCUGUGUAUAAUAGGCUCAAGUUGUGUGAAUUUGGUGGAUUUGAGUCACGAGGGUGCACUUGCCAUGCCAUUUUUCACUCUUUUAAUUUUUAUCAUGGUAAGAUCUUUUAAUCCAAUGUAAUACGCAAUCAUUUGCUAUGCUCAGCCACUAUUUACACCCA